AUGGAGCCUCCUUCGUCAACGAAGGGGAUGGUGGAGCAGCGACGUCGGCGUUUCGAAGACGUGCUCGCGCCGUCGGGGUCAGUGACCACCGUCUUCCCCCCCUUCUCCCUCGGCCGCCAGAGCGUGCGGGCCGGCGGCGGCACCGCGGCGUUCGAGGUGGUGGUGGAGGUGUGCCACGAGUACUACUGCCGCGCGGUGGCGGACUACGCAGCGCGGGCCGAGGGCGAGCUGUCGCUCCGGCGGGGCGACGUGCUGCAGGUGCUGCCGCCGUGGCCGCUUCCCGCGCCACCGCGUCGAACGCAUCCCCAAUCCCUCCUCCACUUCAUCAUCGUCAUCGCCAGCAUCGCCAUCGCCAUCGUCCUCGCCGUCCACUUCCACUUCCACUUCGCCGUCGUCGUCGCCGAAGCGGACGCCGCCGCCACCGCCGCCGUCGACGCGCAAGGGCGUGCUGCUGGCCCAGCGCUCAGGCCGCGGCCGUUGCCGGCACCGCCGCAGCGGCACAGCGUGGUGACGUCGGUGCUGGCCCAGUGCCAGCAGCUGGUGAGCGGGUGCCUCGAGCUUAAGGAGGCGGCGGUGGCGUGGACAGGCGCGGCCGUGGGCGUGGGCUUUUCGGCUGAAGAGUGGCAGAAGAAGGGCGACAGGCUGACGAAGGACGCCGGCGAGCUGCGAAAGAAGGCGCAGGAGCUCAAGAAGCAGUCGUCGGCCAACAAGUACGGCACGGAGGAGCAGCUCAAGAAGGACAUGCGCCUGUACCUCCAGCACAAGAAGUCCCUCGCCAACUUCAAAAACUUCACCGAGGAUUUGACGUCGCUUGUGGAGCGCUCGGUGAAGACAUCGAUCGUGACUCUGGCCAGGGACAGCCCACCCAGCGCCAAGGAGAUAGACGAAUUGGACGGGCACUUCGCCGCUGUGGCGGAGUCGGUGAAGGAACUUGUGAUGACCGUGCAGUCGUGGAACCUCAACGUCAAGAACCAGCGCCAACUGGAGAAGAACAGCUCCCCCGCGCUCUCCUACGGCAGCCUCUGCGCCAAGGCACACGCGAUGGGGUCUCAGCUGCCAGGCCUGGCCCGCACUGGCGACAAGCACGAGUUCAUCCGAACGGCCAAGGACAUGCUCAACACUCUCGACAGCAUCAGCGAGUACUCUGCAACGGCCGGCCUGGUUCACGAGGGCGUGGAGCUCAAGCGUCUCUCGCACCAACUCCUCUCAGUCACGCAGGCUGACAUCGGCAAGCAGGACUCGGCCGUGAAUGCGCAUAUCGACAAAAUGCGGGCGCUGAUCGAUGCCAGCAUCCUCGUGUUCGUAGACUCGCUCUCCUCCGCGCUCAACGCUAGCCCGGCUACGCCUUCGGCGUCGUCUGCCGACCUGGACUCGCACUGGGCGCAGCGAAGCGGCCCCGUGUCCCCGCGCGGCGCGCUCAGUGGUGAGGUCGGCAUCACGCGUGAUCGGUCGUUCUCGUCGCCGCCGACGUUGACCGAGAGUACGGGCGCGGAGCGCGAGAAGCAGGAAAAGAUGCGCAUGAACGUGAUCAACGAGAUUCUUUCGACCGAGACUGUGUACUGCACCCAGCUCAAGAUGGUGCUCGCCGACGAGCUGCUCGACUCCGACCGCCUGCUGGCCAAGCAAUUCGAGAGCUGGGCCAACCUGGUCGAUCUAUCCAAGGAAUUCCUGUACGGCGCCCGCAUUGGUCACGGACCUCAGUGGUCGUGGGCUCUGACCCUGGGGACCCUGCAGGGCUGA